AUGGCGAGCCAGCAUGCCACAAGCAUGCCCAGCAAGGCGGCGGCGGAGAGCUCCGCCUCUGCCCUUCCGGCGACGGAGCGCGAACACGGCAGCUCGACACCGUCCGAGUGUCUGUCCAAGGAGGAGGAGGAGCACGACGCCCUCGUCGACAGCUGGCGCGGCUGGAUCGUCGUCGCAGCCUCCUCGAGUUCGCUGUUCAUGUACAUGGGCGUCAUCUACUCGUGGGGAAUACUGCAGGCGGAAAUAUCCAUGACAACAUCCGUAUCCUUGACGCACCUCACCCUCGUCGGUUCGCUGGCGACGUCCUUUAUGUGCUCGAUAUGUAUAUUUGUCGGCAAAGCCAUCCGGCGGUUUGGGUACCGCAAGGUAGCCCUGACCGGAGCCGUGCUGUUGGGACUCGGCGAGCUUCUUUCGAGUUGGGCCGUUGGCAACCUGCCUCUCCUUUUCCUCACUCACGGAAUGCUCUUUGGCGUCGGCGGAGGGUUGACAAUAUUGCCGUGCUCGACGGCGCCCCUGAAAUGGUUCAUCAAGCGUCGGGGGCUUGCAACAGGCGUCGUGUUCGGCGGCGGCAGCCUGGGUGCGGCUGUCAUGGGAGUCGCGACAAACGAGCUCGUCCGGAGGGUCGGCGUGCCAUGGACCUUUCGCAUCCUGGCCAUUCUCCUGUGGGCUGUCUGUCUUCCCGCGGCCUGCUGCAUCCGGCAGCCACGUUCUUCGGCCAGCUCGAUUCCCAAGCUGCAAUGGUAUCGCUGGAAGGACGUCGAGUUCCGCGUCAUGCUUGUCGGAUCCGCCAUCGCCUGCUUCCCUCUCUUCAUUCCGCCAUACUUCAUCCCCAUAUUCGCUCGCUCCAUCAGUCACUCGUCCAUGACCGGCAUCAUCGCACUGUCCGUCUGGAACGUUGCCUCGACCGCCGGCCGCGUCUUUGCCGGGUUUGCCGCCGACUCCUUCCUCGGCCCCAUCAACAGCUUGAUCAUUUCCCUCUUUCUCUGCGGUGCGAGCGCGCUGGCAAUCUGGCCCUUUUCCUCCAGCAUCGGCAUCUUGUCCGUGUUUGCCGUCAUCAACGGCAUCGGAUGCGGCUCCUUCUUCAGCCUCUUUCCCACCUGCGUCGGAGCCGUGUUUGGACCUCACAACACCAUGGGUGUGCUUCCCAUAAUGUGGGGGAGUUGGUUCUUCGGGUUUUUCUUCGGCACGCCCAUCGCAUCCCGCAUGUACGCGCUCGCAGGAAACGCCGCCGACAUCGGCGAGUACAGACCGGCAGCGUACUAUGCCGGCGCCGCGUCCAUGGUGGGCAUGGCAUUCAUCGUUGCACUUCGUAUCAUGCGUGCCAAGACGCUGUUUGCACGAGUCUAA